AUGGCCGACGAGAUAACACGGGCCGGCCCUACUCAAGGGCCUACAGUCAAGCAGAAUAUAGAAGCUUUGGAACAUGUAACGGCACCAGAAACUACAAGCGCAACGCUUCCUGCCAGCUCGAUGGAUCCUGCUCACCGCGCACGAGUAGAGAAGUCAUUAAAGCGUAAACUCGAUGCGCGAUGUUCUCUUUUUGUCCUCAUUUAUAUCCUCAAUUAUCUUGACCGCAACAACAUUGCGGCUGCGAGACUCAAGGGACUCCAAUCAGACUUAAAUCUCGACGAUACUCAAUACUCGACCUGUCUGAGUAUUUUAUAUGUCGGAUACAUUUUGAUGCAGGUCCCAUCGAACAUGCUCACCAACCGGAUUCAAAGACCGUCGCUCUACCUCUCUUGCGCCAUGUUACUCUGGGGCCUCAUUUCUACGCUUACCGGAAACACCAAUAAUUUUACUGGCAUGGUUCUGGUACGAUUCUUCUUGGGUUUCGUCGAAGCCGCUUUCCUUCCGGGAGCACUUCUCAUCCAAUCCAAGUGGUACACGCGAAGGGAGCUGACGACGAGAAAUGCCAUCUUGUUCUGCGGUAACAUCAUCUCCAAUGCGUUUUCGGCGCUAGUUGGUGCUGGUGUUUUAUCAAAUAUGCAAGGGGUUUUGGGCCAUGCUGCUUGGAGAUGGCUAUUCUGGAUCGAGGGCGCCAUUACCAUGUUUAUUGCCAUCGUCGCAGCUUUCGUACUUCCGGAUCUACCACACAAUUCGCGUGGUUUCACGGAGGAAGAGCGUCAGGUAGCACAGUUGCGUAUGAUCGAGGACGUUGGCGAAGCCGACAUUGACGCAGAGAACCAGGGUGUUUUUGACGGUCUAAUUAUGGCUGUUAAGGAUAUUAAGAUUUACUUGAUGAUGCUUACCUUCACGGCUUAUGUUGUCGGUCUAUCGUUCAACGCCUUCUUCCCAACCCUUACCGGUACUCUCGGGUUCGACUACGUCGGAACACUCCUUAUGAGCUCACCUCCUUGGGCCUUUUCGUGUAUCGUUUCACUCAUAAACGCUUGGCACGCUGACAGAACCCAGGAGAAGUUCUGGCACAUCACUGGUCCCAUCAUUGGUGGAAUGGUUGGUUUCGUCAUCAGCAUGUCCACGCUGAAUGUAGCUGCUCGAUACGUCGCACUAUUCCUCCAAGCCAGCUCCUACGCCGGCUUCAUCGUUUUCUAUUCUUGGAUCAGUUCGUCAUUCCCUCGACCCCCAGCAAAACGAGCUGUCGCAAUCGCACUCAUCAACGCGUUCUCUCAAUUGGGCAACGUUGCGGGUAGUUACGUGUGGAACCUGAAAGAAAAUGGAUAUCGCAAGAGCUACGGCAUCGUGACGGCCAUGUUCGGAGUGACCAUCAUUGGAUGUUACGCCUUCCGCGCCAUCCUAGCGGAUCUCAACAACAAGCUUGAGGAGGGUGAGCGUUCUUGGGAAUCGCAACCUGAUGCGGCGUCGCACACGGCCGAGAUGGAGCACAUGGAUAGCCCCGAUGAGGCGUUGCGGAUGCAGAAGGGAUUCCGGUAUUUGUUGUAA